AUAGUAAACACAAAACGCGAUGCUGCGUUUGUGUAAAAAGAAAUUCUAAACGAAAGAACCGAGUGUUUGCGGAUAACCAUGACGACGCCCUUUGAACCGGCUCUUGCGCGCCCCCUCGCGCUCACGACAAAGUUAUUGUGCUCUUUUUACUUCCUGUUUGCUGGCUCAGCAGGCUCGAAGUGUCCCGAACGUUCCGAAGCCUAAAGAGCGGAACCGAAAGAAGCGACACCGGAACUGACCGACGGCCGGUUCUACCGGACCGGACCGCAUGUUUGAGUGAAGCCUACCGAGGACCGCGCGGACUUUGUUUGCGUGCUCACGAUGCUAACGUCACCCGACGUGUCAAUCAUCUUCUCGACAUGUUCGCACACAAGACUAAAAAGCCUCCCAAGUCGACUUCCGGUUCGUGUUCUGCGCUUAGGUUCUGUUGUGAAGUGGACUUUUGGCUUGCGUGUCCGGCAUCAGGUUGCGUUGCGUUUGGACUUUCUGCUUCCGGUUGACUUGACGCUCCUUUGAUGACGUUCGUGUGCCAUGUCUGCUCCCGCUCGUGCCACGCCCUUGCCCACGCCCAGAGCGCCCUCGCCCGCCUCGCUGUGCUGCUGCCGCAAGUCUCCUUCCGCAGGGGGACGCUGCGCGGGGGAGUCCCCCGCCGCCGCCGACGGCGGGUCUGGGCGGCGCCCGCCCGCGGACGUGGCGUCGGCGUCCAACUUGGUGGACUUCCGUCUGCGUCACUUCCACUUGGACCUGCGCGUCAACUUUGCGCUGAAGGAGAUGAGCGGCUGGCUGGUUCUGGACCUGGUGCCCUUGGUCGCGGGAGUCCGGACCCUGGUGCUGGACGCGCACCCGUCCCUGCUGGUCCACGCCGUGGACUGCGAGACGAGCGACGGCCGGGAGCCCGCCUGCCUCGCCUUCCGCCUGGAACCCUUCGCGGACUUUGGUUCCUCCCUCAACGUCGACCUUCCUGACCCCGUUGAGGCCGGGACGCACGUGCGGGUCACUGUCAGGUACACGGCCACCGACGGGCCCGCGAUGUGGUGGUUGGACUCUGAGCUGACGUGCGGUCAAGAUCGCCCUCUGGUCUUCACUCAGGGUCAUUCUGUGUCCAAUCGUUCCUUCUUCCCGUGCUUCGACUCUCCGGCCGUCAAGAGCACGUACACGGCGGCCGUUCGUGUUCCGGACGACGUGACGGUUCUGAUGAGCGCGUCCCGUAGUUGGUACUCCAAAGCAGAGCGCGUGUUCCACUUUUCCAUGGACGCGCCGGUGCCUGCCUACCUGGUGGCGCUGGUGGCGGGAAACCUCCAGCACGUGGACGUCGGACCCAGGAGCCGCGUGUGGGCCGAGCCGUGUCUGCUGUCGUGCGCCGCCAAGAAGCUAGGCGGCAGCGUGGAGCGAUGGCUGACCGUAGCGGAGGGACUCUUCGGACCGUACCUGUGGGGGAGGUGCGACCUGGUCUUCCUGCCGCCGGCGUUCCCCAUUGUGGCCAUGGAGAACCCGUGCCUGACGUUCAUCAUCGCGUCCAUCCUGGAGAGCAGCGACUUCCUUCUGAUCGACGUGGUCCACGAGAUCGCGCACGCCUGGUUCGGCAACGCCGUCACCAACGCCACCUGGGAGGAAAUGUGGCUGAGCGAAGGCCUCGCCACGUACGCGCAGCGUAGGAUCACCACUGAGGCCUACGGUGCUGCGUUCACGUGUCUGGAAAGUGCCGUACGAUUGGACGCUCUGCACAGACAGCUGCGACUGCUCGGCGACAGCAACCCAGUCAGUCGUCUACAAGUCAAACUGGAGCCCGGCGUGAACCCGAGCACGUUGAUGAAUCUUUUCACGUACGAGAAAGGUUUCUGCUUCGUGUCGUACUUGUCGUCGCUGUGCGGGGACGUCAGACGCUUUGACGGAUUCCUGCGGGACUACAUCAGCCAGUUCAAGUUCCAGAGCGUGGUGACUCAGGACUUCCUGGACUUGUUCCUGGCGACCUUUCCCAAGGCGGCGCAGGAGGAAGGUGUGGAUUUCCAGCGCUGGCUGACUGGCUGCGGGGCGCCGCCGUGCGAACCGGAUCUGUCGGCGGGCGGCACGCUGACCGGGCCAGUCCGGGACCUGAUCCGCGUGUGGACCCGCGGGUGCGCCCCUGAGCCGCAGGAGGAGGCGGCCGCCACGGCGGACGUGGCGGGUUGGAGCACCUUCCAGGUGGUUCUGUUUCUGGACUGCAUGCUGGACCACACCCCCCUGACGCACGAGGUGAUGUCUCGCCUGCGCGCGUGUUACGCGUCGCUGUUGGACGGGCUGAACGCGGAGGUUCAAGUGCGCUGGCUGCAGAUGGUCGUCAGGAGCCUCUUCUACCCCGACCUGCCCCGACUCAACGACUUCCUACGAAAACACACGUCACGCAUGUACACGGUGCCCCUGUACGAGGACCUGGCGACGGGCGCCAUGCACGGCGUGGCCGUGGAGGCGUUCCAGCAGACUCGGCAACGUCUGCACCCCAACCUCCGACGAACGCUGCAGCAAAUCCUCUCGCAGGGGCAACAGGACGCGCACGCGCGCCUCACGCCGCUGCGGCCCCCCGACGCCGACGCCGUCUCUUUGCGAGACGUCAACGUGUCGGCAUGAGGAAGACCGAGACUUCCCGCUCGCAGGCCAAAAUCAACAAACGAGAUCGUGAAGACGACAAACAAAAACAACACUUUGUUUUCUCUCUGUUCCCUUUUUCUUGUUUCUUUUCCAUCUUGUUGUUCUUACAUUUUCUGUAGCUCAUUUGGGCGCCUUAUCCCGAUUCUUUGUCAGUUUGAAUGCCCUGGUGCAGCUUUUUGUGUGAGAGUGUAAAUGUGCCUUGUCAACGGCGUGCGUUGUGGUUGUCAGGCUGCGCGGACGUGAAGCGCGCGUCGUGGGCCGGCUCGGGUUUGUGCGAGCGUCGCAAGCGGGUCGGGAAGAAGUGCCAGCGCCACCGCCAGCUGCGCUUCGCAUCAAUACAUGGACUCGAACACGACCGGUACACUGGGCGGGUGUGAUUGGGGCAGACGGCGAUGCAUUCGCUGUAGCUGGGAGUAGUCUGUCCCGGUGAACUUUGACUCCAAGCGCAGGUGCUGCCGCAAUCCCAUAAUAGUCCUAACAGUCGGCUUCCGUGAAGUGUAGCCUCAAUUGAGCCUUCUUCAUUCUGCUCACGCUUGAUUGCUGCAAAGAAAUGGCAAAUUCCCAGGUGUCUUUGAACGCAUCUUCACGAGUAGCAAAGGGAAAGUGUAUUUUGUGCAAAUAAAAAUUCAAAACAAAA